UGGGACGGAAACGCUCGUGUAUACGCCUGGAGUGACGAAUACGGCGAUGUCGGUCCUGAGAUUGCUGAACUCGAAGCUGAGUUGUUUGGAUCGCCUGAGGACCGCGAUCAGCGUAUCGGUGGUGGUCUUGAUUUCUCCGCUAUCGACAGCAUUGAGGUCAUUCAGGAAGGCCCCCAGCGGAUUGAAUACAUCAAGACCUUUGAGGAUGCCGGACUCCAUCCUGUUAUGGCCAAGAAUGUUGAACUUUCGGGAUAUCAGGUCCCAACCCCAAUCCAAAAGUUCACCAUCCCAGCCAUUCUUCAGAGCUAUGAUGUGAUUGGCAUUGCUCAAACCGGUUCGGGAAAGACCGCCGCCUACCUUAUUCCGAUCUUGAGCAAGUUGAUGGGAAAAGCGAAGAAACUCGGGGCACCUCGUCCCAACCCUCUCACGUUUCAGGAGGGUAUUGACAACGUGACCGCAGAGCCGCUUGUCGUUGUUGUUGUGCCAACUCGAGAGCUGGCCGUGCAGAUCUUUAAUGAGGCCAGAAAGCUCUGUUACCGGUCGAUGCUCCGUCCCUGUGUUGUUUACGGCGGCGUUCCAAUUCGCGAACAACUGGGACUUCUUUCCCGCGGGUGUGAUGUUCUGAUUGGUACCCCUGGUCGCCUCAAAGACUUUAUCGGACGCCCUGACAAGGUGACUCUUCGUCGCCUCAAGUACAUGGUGAUUGAUGAAGCCGACGAGAUGCUGAACCAAGAUUGGGAGGACGAACUUCGCCCCAUUCUCUCUGGAGGAGGCAAGUUCUCACUUAUGAAAGCCUUUCAUGGAUGCAAUGUCAAAUAUGGACUUUUCUCCGCCACGUUCCCUCGUGCUGCUCGAACCCUCGCCAAGGAGUACUUGUCUGCGUCCCAUGUGCGCUUUCGAGUUGGCCGAGCUGGAAGCACGACGGUCAAUAUCAGGCAAAUGGUUAUCGAGACCAGCCGGGAGAAGAAAAAUGAACUUCUGCUCACGCUCCUCGAGGAGAUGAACGGGGUCCGCACCAUCAUCUUCGUCAACAGCCGCCAGGCUGCCGACACACUCGACGACUUCCUCUAUAACAUGAAGCUCCCCGUCACUUCCAUUCACAGUGACCGGACUCAAGUUGAGAGAGAGGCGGCCAUGCGAGCCUUUCGAAGCGGCCAAGCUCCAAUUCUCGUGGCCACCGGCGUCACGGCCCGCGGCAUUGACGUCCGCAAUGUGAUGCACGUCAUCAACUAUGAUCUGCCCUCCAUGGAGUAUGGCGGUAUUGAAGAAUAUACUCAUCGCAUCGGUCGUACUGGUCGCAUCGGUCACCGAGGAGUGGCCACCUCCUUCUUUACCGAUCGAGAUGAGCCUAUUGCAAGCGUUCUCACCAGGACCUUGUUGGAAACCAAGCAGGAGAUUCCCGCGUUCCUGCAGCAAUAUAUCCCAGAGAACUACGCUGAGGGCAACAAGGUGAAGUUUGAGACGGAGUCAGACUUUGAUCCCAAUGACGUUGCGGGUGCUGGAGAUGCUGCGGGAGGUGGCUGGGGCGGA